AUGCGAGUAUAUAAAUACGAAAUAUUCUACGCGUCUUGUUAUGCUGUUGCGUAUAACUGUUUCAAUUAUUGCUCUAAUACGAAUUUUGAACCUCCAAAAUCAUAUAUAACCCAAAUUGACACACCAACACAAGUAGGGGAACCACAACUUCACACUCACUUCGCCGCAUUUACCUCACUACUCUACUGUAGGGCUAUUUUCUCCCAACAAGGUUCAUUUUGGGGUAUGAUCUGUUUUGGUUUCAUUCUUACUUGUUGA